AUGCAACCAUCGAUCGACAACUCUCUCGUCCAUGAGACCGAGCCCAGCCCACCCGGAAGCGCAUCCAGCACACUCGUCCACCCGCCUUCCUCGCCCAGAGCUAUAUCUCCCGACCUUCCACCGCUGUCACCAUUCACAUCGCCAACGUCACCUUCCCCCAGUCCACCAUGGGCGUCCCCCACCAACCCAUCGACUCCCUCGCCAGCCACAUCAUCCCGUUUCUCCACCCGACCCUCCUCCCUCGAUGCGGACAGCCCCUGCUUCGAAUGCCGCGACAAGCAAUGGUACACCGACCACCUCACAGCGAGCGUCGCCAACCUGACCAUCGCCACCUCAGCCGAGCGUCAGAAGGAGGUGCGCCUGCUGGCGGAAAAGCUCUCGGCCUGCUGUGUAGAGUUCGAGAACCUGUGGAAAUGCUACAAGCGGUGCUGUAACGAGAGAAAUCGCGAAAGGGAGGAGGUCUGGGUCCGGGGUGUGAAGAUUCUGCAGCAGGAGGCACUGAUUGCGGAACUGAAGGAGGAGAUUGCGAGGCUGAGGGGCCUGGAGGUAGGUAAGCUAGGAGAUUGGGUGGAGGGUGGGAAGGAGAAGCUGGAGUCGGAUCGUUGA